AGUGUCUGGCGAGGAGUCCCUUGCCUUGUAAAUGUCAGAUAUUAUUGUUACUUGGUAGCUCCAGGUCUCAGCCCAACUGCUUCCCCAACCCCUACGGAUACACAUGCGCACGCGCUUGGUCACAGCCCAGGGCAGCCUCUCGCUCCUUCACGGCUCUUUAUAGCACCCAUCCUGGUGGGCAAUGUGUGACCAACGUGUGGUCUGCCCCGGGCUCAGGACAGGUCCCAGGCUUGGCGGCCAGGCCUGGCACAGGGAAGCGGCGCUGAGCAUGCAGGACUCACUCUGUUAUCGACACCCUGCUAAAAAGGCAACAUCACACCCAUUCUACAGGCCAGGAGGCUCAGCGACGAUAGGUAAAUGACCAACGCCACCUGGCUGGACUUUGUCAGUACCUCGCACUCAAAGCUGUCGGGUUUCACUGCAUGUCAGGCGCACAACUCUGGGCCUGGGCAGUCAAGGCCCCAGGGAUGAGUGGGUUGGGGACAAGGCGGGGAGGAGCAGCAGGGAUGAGACUCCAUGAACCUCAAGCCGCACCAUGUGCAUCUGGGGCAGGUUGCUGGGAGCCGCACCUAGCCGGGUACUUGGAACACAUGGGGCCCGAGGGGCUCUGGGAAACUGAGGCCGCUGCGACAAGAAAGAUAGGUCUAACGGCACCGACAGGCCUGCGACGUCUUGUGGCCACAAGAGGGCGCCCCGUAGCACGGCCUGGUCCCCGCCCUCGGCCAGGCCAAUUCCCGGUUUCCCUGCCCCGGGCCUCAGUCGCAGCCAGCACUCGCCUGCUUCUUGUCUGCGCGAGCCUACGCAGCUCCUCAGGUGCUUCACCAGUGCAGCAGCCAGUAUGGCGGGUGUGGAGCAGCACGAGGGCACCAUCCAGGUGCAGGGCCAGAGCCUCUUCUUCCGAGAAGCUCGGCCAGGCGGUGGACAGGCUGCCUGCUUCUCAGUUCUGCUGUUGCAUGGUAUCCGCUUCUCCUCUGAGACCUGGCAGAACCUGGGCACACUGCACAGUCUGGCUCAGGCUGGCUACCGGGCUGUGGCCAUCGACCUGCCAGGUCUGGGGCGCUCCAAGGAAGCAGCAGCCCCUGCCCCUAUUGGAGAGCUGGUCCCCAGCAGCUUCCUGGCAGCUGUGGUAGAUGCCUUGGACCUGGGUCCCCCAGUUGUGAUCAGCCCGUCGUUGAGUGGCAUGUACUCCCUGCCCUUCCUGACGGCCCCUGGCUCCCAGCUCCGGGGCUACGUGCCAGUGGCCCCUAUCUGCACUGACAAAAUCAAUGCUGCCGACUAUGCCAGUGUGAAGACCUCAACACUUAUUGUAUAUGGAGACCAGGACCCCAUGGGUCUGACCAGCUUUGAGCACCUGAAGCAUCUGCCCAACCACCGUGUGUUGGUCAUGGAGGGGGCAGGGCACCCCUGUUACCUUGACAAACCUGGGGAGUGGCACACAGGGCUGCUGGAUUUCCUGCAGGGGCUAGCAUGAAACCCAGCCCUGCUGAUGGGGGUGGCUGCUGGUCUGCCUUGGGCUCUGUCUCCUUCCUCCUGCCAUGGGUCCCUGCGCAUCAUGUACAUGCAACAGGUGUGUCUCUAUCUGGUUUCUUGUCUUUGGGGUCUAUCUUUUCCUCUUCCUCUUUCUCUUGCAGUGACAGACUUUGGAGGUGAAAUCAAGAAGGAAAGCCCCAGGAAUCAAGAGACAUAAUCUGGUGGAGGGUAAUCCAUUAGAUGGGCUUCUCCUAUAGGCUUUCCUGUUUGCUUGCACCCCUUUUUCUGCCCUGUUCAGCCUCCCCAUCCUGCCUCCAGCUUCUCUCUUUGGCUGUCCUGUGGGGCACUCACAUCCCCUACCCCUGCCUCUUAGACCACACAUACAUCCAGAUACAUCCAUGACCACAUGCAUGCUUACACAUUUAGAGCCAUCUAUAUUCCCAGAUAUGACCCUUCACCUGGGAGCAACUGCAUAGGUACAGGCAACUCUGGGCUGACAUGCACAUUGUCACCUGCAGCUUUGCCCUGCAUGCACUCACACACAUGCAUUCUUGUGCCUCCACACAUGCCCCCUCCCAACCAUGCAGCACCCACUGUCCAGGAAGGUGGGGACCCAAUAGGCCAGCCCUAGCAGGAGGCCCUCUGCCAAGCUUAGGGGUAGCCAGCCCUGAACUUCAUUCACCCACAGGUUGCAGCAGGCCCCCGACCAGAACUGCCCCCCAAAAGGUGACAUCUUUUCGACCCUCAGAUCUCCCUGCCCUCCCCUCCUCUCUUUCUGGGUGUUCCACACCUCCCCAGGUUAUUAGGCCUGCAUCUGCUCAGCCAAGCUUGUUUCCUGCUCUGAGGUUUGGGGGUUGGGGAGAUGGAGAGUGGAGAGUGGAGGUCGGUGAAAUAAAGUGAUGCAAUUAGA